AUGAUUCCUGUUUUCCUUGAAAAGGGGUCCUCGUCCACACUAAGCCCACUGUUGCGUUCUCACCUCAAUGUUCAUUUUUCUGUACGAGGGUGGAGACUGGCACCACCCCGACGAUGUUCGCCCUACGCACGGUCUGCUUCCUCAAUGCACGCUGGCCACAUGCAGCUGAAUGAAAAUGAAGGCAUCCUCUACAUUAACAAUAUCUUUCCCUAUCGGCUUCAAUGGUUACUACGUGGUCCUUUGAGCAAUGUACAGCCUCAUGGCGGGCUUUUGAAACGAGUAAACAACCCAGACUUGGCCGCACCAGAUGCUGUCAAUAUUGCUCAGCGUGCACUGCCAGAAUCUUUGAAUCUUGAAAUUAAAGAUGUGGUGCCACGGUAUAAAGAGGGCGGCGCGUUCAUCAAAUAUGCGCGCAAACCCGAUGUCAAAGACAACGAAAUCAUCGCUGCAGUUCAACAACAUCUUGCCAAAAACCCUAUCAGGCCAUGGUUUAACCCCUUUCUUUCGGCAGAGGCAGACCUAGUCAUAGGAAGACCAUGGAUUGAAGAUCUUUACCGGAUUCCCAGCGAAACCUUGAAGGUUGAAUUUUUGCCUAAUUCUUCAGAUGGGCCAGCCACUGAAAUGACUCAAGAAGCUCUCUAUAGUCUUUUCCGUCCUUACGGAAAAUUACUGGAUGUUCAAAGACAGCCCCCAGAUUCAAAGGUCGAGCCAAGGUACGCCAUCUUGCGGUUCAACCACCCUCGGUUCGCUAUGAUGGCACGGAACUGUCUGCAUGGCUAUGCUGCUUCCGAGGAAGAAGGAGGCGGCAAAACUGGUACUAGAUUCAAGAUAAAUUAUGAGCGGAAGGUCAGGAUGACCAUGAUCAAGGACUGGAUCUUGAGUCACCCCAGAAUCGUCUUUCCAGCUAUCGCAGCGCUAGUAGCGACAAUCACGGUCAUUAUAUUCGACCCCAUCCGCACAUUUUUCAUCAAGCUCAAGAUCAAGUCCACUCUCCAUACUGAUGACAAUAUCGUGGUGAAGUGGAUCCGUCAAAAAAAUUCGUCAAGCGAAUCGACGAAGCAGGACCCCCGUGGACUGGCAGCCAUUUGGGAAGACCGACAAAAUGACAUCUCACAACUGGAGGCCUGGUUGAGCGAGACCACGGAGACAUUCAUUGUUUUACAUGGUCCGAGGGGCUCAGGGAAACGAGAGCUAGUUUUGGAUCGAUUGCUCAAGAAUAGCAGUUAUACAGUGGUCAUCGACUGCAAGGAGAUCCAGGAGGCACGUGGUGAUACGGCCAGGAUCUCCCGAACAGCAGCUCAGGUUGGCUACCGACCAGUCUUCUCUUGGAUGAAUAGCAUCACCAGUCUCAUCGACUUGGCUUCUCAGGGAAUGAUUGGAACCAAGGCUGGAUUCUCCGAGACAUUGGACGCCGAACUUAACAAGAUCUGGCAGAACACGGCCGUUGCCAUGAAACGAGUCGCUUUGGAAAGCAGACACAAGGAUGACAAUGAUUUCAAUCUCACUGAAGAUGAAUAUCUCGAGGCCCACCCCGAGAAAAGGCCAGUCGUGGUCAUUGACAAUUUCCUUUAUGAUCCCGAGGACUCCAUCGUGCUUGACAAGCUUACUGAGUGGGCAGCUGGCUUGACCACGGCCAAUGUCGCACACGUAAUUUUCUUGACCACUGAUUCCUCUUUUACGAAGCCUCUUAGCAGGGCUCUUCCAAAUCAGGUAUUCCGCACAAUCAGCCUGGGUGACUGUUCCCUUGAGGUGGGACGUCGUUUCGUAUUGACGCAUUUGGAAUCGGAUGGCGGCGAGGACAACAAGAAACCGGAGAUGGAUUUGAGCGGCCUGGAUGACUGCAUUCGGGUUCUAGGUGGCCGUGUCACUGACCUAGAGUUUAUGGCCCAUCGAAUGGAGGCAGGUGAAAGCCCACAAGCUGCCGUGGAAAGAAUUAUCGAACAGUCUGCUUCUGAGAUUCUCAAAAUCUUCAUUCUCGGAACGGACUUCGUUUCACCCCAAUGGACCCGUGAACAAGCAUGGCACAUCAUCAAAUCUCUCGCUCAAUCAAAUGAUGGAGCACUCCUGUACAACAAAAUUCUCCUCUCAGAUCUCUUCAAGGACAAUGGUGAAGCCACUUUGAGAGCACUGGAGCAGGCCGAAUUGAUCUCUGUUGCAUCUGUCAAAGGAUUCCCACGCUGGAUCAAGCCCGGAAAGCCGGUCUACAAGACCGCAUUCCAGCGAUUGAUUGAGAACAAGACUCUAGAAAGUCGUUUAGAUCUGCUGAUUCUCGCUGAGUUGAUCAGUAGUGAGAACAAGAGUAUCGGAAAGUAUGAACAGGAGUUGUCGCUCCUUGGCUCGCUACCAAAGCAUCCAUGGCAACUCACGCCGCGGAUUGAGUGGCUACUGCGGAAGAUACAAGGCUCACAGGCCAAUAUUCUCAAGUAUGAAACCGACAGCGCCACUUUGAAGAAGAUUCUGCAGAGCGAAGAAUGA